CUCAUUUCGUCCAAGAUUCUAUGUACGCUGGCGAGAGGGGGGAGAUCCACUUUCAAGUCCAUCCAGAUGUUACGAAUUUCACCUCUAUCAACAUGGAACUCUACAGUGCCUCCAGUUCUACCACCCCCAUCAGGGCGGGGGAUGUUUGUACCCCCUCGGUUGCUUUUGUGGGGGGCGCCAACUACUUCUGUACUGUUCAUAACUUGAGGCCGAAUACGGUGUACUAUGUGAAGCUUCAAGGGUACAACUCGGCUCUGGACAAUUUGGCAGAUGGUGGACAGGCAACUGGCUUAACUGCCUGGUCCUACCUCCAAAGAAUUGAGACGGGUGACACUCUGACCUUGGACUGUCAAUUGAAUUCCUUCGUCGUGGGGUUCAAAUACGACGAUGUCUACUCCUCUAACCCGACCCAAACAGUGACUGAAGUCCAAACAUGGACUGGAGGAACCAACCUAGCUUUCGACAGCCAGGAUGUAAUCCAGACCCAGUACGGAGGAAACGAACCCGACUUCAUCAUCGACCGAGACCAAGUGCUGCUCUUCCGAGGUUACCCUUCAGCUAUCAUUGUACAAUCGGAUGCAACUCAAAUCACCCACAUCGCCUUCAGCUACUCAUUCCAAACCGAUCAGGUCAUUUACGGUCCCCAGGGUACCUUCAACUCCGCAACGGCUAAUACAUUCUCACUUGUAAAUGAACGGAUAUUCCAAGUGACUGGAUCAUUCAGCUCAGCGGGAGUAUUGGCGGCAAUCGGUUUUUCGAAGAGAGACGAUGGCGGGGCGGAAGUUACGAGCACGUGUUACGGAACAGGAGACUGCUCCGGGUUUUCAGUGACGCAAACAACAGGCAACCAGUAUGUGACUUCAAUGUUCGGAGCAACGGACACAAGUGGAGUUAUAAGAGCCUUGUCCUUCAGAUGGGCUUCAAUGUCGUUCCAGCAGUACACUCUGCGAGACACCAGCUGUGUGAUUGACGUGUUCCCCGACUGGAACGACAUCAAGGCAUACACUUUCAACUACACUGCAACACCAAGUUCCUCUUGUGGAUCUACACGCACAAUUGAUGAUGAUCAAAAACUGGUCAACUACACCAAUGGAAUUGGACAGGGCGAUGGAUCUGGCUCGACGGCCGGCGAGGUCGUUACCGGCAACGGGGUCAGCAUAGUGCGCCAGAGCAGUUCGGGUUUCUCUCUGGUGUGCUGCUACCAUACAAGAGGCAACGUCACUUCUCUGUUUGAUACUGAAGCGGAGGAUUCUCAAUCUGCUAUGGGCGUGAACAGAGUACCCUAUAAACUGUCCUUCUACACUAAUGCAGCGUUCACAACUGCCUUUGGAGCGGACAGUGUCGUGAACGUUCUGCUGGACGCCCCGUUCUACUUCGGGGUCACUUUUGAGGACGACAACCCGGCCAUCCUGGGGGGCAUGACCAUCUAUGCACCAGAGUGCUGGGCAACUCAGACCUCCAGCUCAGACAAGAUCGAUGGGUCAUACUUCACUCUGGAACAGAAUGGAUGUCCGACUGACUUUGACACUGGAGCUUUCGAGCGAUACGAGACUGUUCGGAGUGACAGUGGCAACACUAUAGACCCCCUGUCGUACCGUGCAUUCGCGUGGGAGUCGAACGCGGCUGGCGUUGUGUACAUACACUGUACUGUGAAGGGGUGCAUCAGCGACAACGCCAACGAAUGCAUCGCAUCUACAACGAAUAACUCGUGCAGCAGUACGGGAAGGGCCAGGCGUGCGGUGGAUAGCGGAGUCACUCUUCCCGAGAUGACCAUCACUUCACAGCCCCUGUUUGUAGCCAGACCCAAACGACACAUCACCCUCGAAUCUCAGCGUGAGUCAUUCCUUGGAGCUCAUGCUUCUCAGCUUGCUAUCAGUUUCGUCGGCGGCAUGAUGCUUCUGCUAGUGAAGACAGGCUUCUCAUGGGCGAAGCAGAGAAGAGGGCAGCGAAAUAACCACAUCCAAUAAACCAGCAGGAGAUCACUCGGCAGCACAAUGAAGCCGAUUUUUUUUUAAUUUGCAGGAAGCUAUAUACCCAGAGCCUAUACUUUAUUUUUCACGUGGCAGCUCUCUUUCUAAAUUGUUUUAUAAGGCCUAAAGAUCCUAUUUUUUUGUUUUGAUGAAAAUUUUUUUUCUCUCAUGGGUCAAAAAAUAAUUGGAGUUCGAAUGUUAGAUCAUGCAGAAAGCUCGUCACUAACAUUUUUUACGAAACAAUUAUUUCUGAAUAUUAUUUUGUAGCUAUUGUAAAUGUGCUUAUACUGCUGAAAUACUAUUUUAUAUUGAAAGAGAACCAAAUUAGUUUGUAAAUAAACUUCAAU